GACAAUGUAAUAUGGCCGCCAAAUUUGUCACUUGUGCUUUAUCAUCUUUCCGAACCACAAUAUUUGAUGAAAAUAGAGAAUAGGGUGCAAAAUAAGUAUCAAUUACAGUGUUAUCAAUUUCUUUGAAGACUGUUUCAUUAAUUUCGAAUCAACAGAAUGAAGGUUACUCUGAAGAAUCUUCAACAACAAACGUUUACCAUAGACAUUGAACCGACAAAAACGGUUAAACAGUUAAAACAGAAGAUCGAAACUGAUAAAGGAAAAGACUACCCCUCGGAAAACCAGCGACUGAUCUAUGCAGGAAAAAUUCUCAUGGAUGAAACGGUUCUGUCAGAAUACAAUAUCGAUGAAAAGAAGUUCAUUGUUGUUAUGGUCACUAAACCAAAGCAACCAGAGAAAGCAGACAAUGGUGAUGGUAGUUCAACAACUACUACUACUACUGAAAGUACACCAGCAGUCAAUCCAGCACAACAAAUUCCUGUAGCUGCUAUAGAGCAGCCCACAGCUCCUGCUUUGCCUGUGGCAACAGAAUCUUCAUCCACAGUAAGCAGUGCUGCAGAAUCCACUUUAUUGAUGGGAGAGGAGUAUGAGACCAUGGUGAGAAAUAUCAUGGACAUGGGAUAUGCUAGAGAUCAAGUUGAACAGGCACUGAGGGCAAGUUUCAACAAUCCUGAUAGAGCUGUUGAGUACUUGAUUAAUGGGAUACCUAUCAUUGAUGAACAGGAAGCGGUUAACGAAUCUGCCGACAUGUCGGGUGUGGAUGAGAGACAGUCCGAUCCGGAAGAUCAACUGGCCUUCCUGCGCACGCAGCCGCAGUUCCAGCAGAUGCGGCAGGUCAUCCAGCAGAACCCGCAGCUGCUGAACGCCGUGCUGCAGCAGAUCGGUCAGACGAACCCCGCUCUCUUGCAGCUGAUUUCCCAGAACCAGGAGUCGUUCGUGCGCAUGCUGAACGAACCGGCCGCCGGGGCGCCCAAUCCCGCCGCCGGAGCCCUACCGACCGGGGGAGCCUCCCUGGGCUCGCCAGCAGCCGCCGGGGCUCCUCCGGCCGGCAUGAUCCAAGUGACGCCCCAAGACAAGGACGCCAUCGAGAGGCUGAAAGCGCUGGGCUUCCCCGAACACCUCGUGGUGCAGGCGUACUUUGCUUGCGAGAAGAACGAAAAUCUGGCCGCCAAUUUCUUGCUGUCGCAGAAUUUCGACGAAUAAUAAAUAUGCUUAAAAAAAUUACGAGUGUUUGUAAUUGUUUUGAAGCUUUCCAUCCACGUUCUCGACUUGAUUGACCCACCAGUUUACAUACAUUUUCAAAUGAUAGUGGGUGGCCAGCUUUGUUCAACAUUGAUUUCAUUGUUUUUGAGGUUGUAUUUUACUUGCUGUAUAUAGGCUCCAAAUGAGAUGGAAUUUGAAAUUGUUGCUUCGGGAAUAUGUAAUGUUCAUGUAAUAUAUUUAGAAAUAUUAAUUUCGAUCA